UCGACAUCGUUUCCUCUUUCUGGAAGAAGCCGACUGGGCUUUGACGCACGCUGUUAAUUGUGCUAGCAAAAUUGCAAAUCUGGAUCUAAACUCUACACAAACGGAGGACAAACAGGGAUUUAACCUUUCUAGCAAAUAACAGUGUUAGCAGCCGUCUGUUAUGUCGCGUUUUUUCGCCACUGGAUCCGACAGUGAGUCGGAGGAAUCCUCGUCCGCUGAUGAGAUCACCCCCAAAGCAGCCGGGACUACCCUGAGACAGCAGGCUCUGUUGUUGAGCGAUGACGAGGAGGACACCAAAAGAGUGGUUCGCAGCGCCAAGGACAAGAGGUUUGAGGAGCUCACCAACUUGAUCAAGACUAUCCGCAAUGCCAUGAAGAUCCGAGACAUCUCCAAAUGUCUGGAGGAGUUUGAGCAGUUGUGUCGAGCGUUCGUCAAAAGCAAAACCAUCGUGGAUAAAGAGGGCGUGCCCAAGUUUUACAUCCGCCUGCUCGCUGAUCUGGAGGAUUAUCUUAACCAGCUAUGGGAGGACAAGGAGGGGAAGAAGAAGAUGAACAAGAACAAUGCUAAAGCUCUGAGCACGCUUCGCCAGAAGAUCCGCAAGUACAACAGAGACUUUGAAACCGAGAUCGCCAGUUAUAAAGAGAAUCCCGAGCAGUCGGCAGAUGAAGAGGAGGAGAAGGACGAUAUUGGCAGUGGCUCCUCUGAGAGUGAUGAUGAUGAUGAUGACGAUGACAUAACGGCCAAGAGUUUUAUGAAGAAGAAGCCUCAAGAAGAAGAGAAAAAAGCUCCAGAAGCCAGCAAGUUCCUCAAGGGCGCUGCUGAUGAAGAGUCUGAGAGUGAUGACGAUGAGGACAGUGAGGACUGGGCUUCUGAUUCAGUGGGCAGCGACAGCGCGAGUGAAGACAUUGAUGGAAAUGCAGGAUCACUGGCCGUGGUCUUCCUCAAAAAAGAUGUUGGUGAAAAGGCAUCUGACCGCAAGAAGGACGACAGGAGGAGGAGACACAAGAAGAAGGAGCGCAUCGAGGAGGAGGGCGAGGAGGAAGGUGAAGCGGAGGAAGGAGGAUGGGAGAAGGUGAAGGGUGGAGUGCCGCUUGUCAAGGAGAAGCCCAAGAUGUUCGCUAAAGGCACAGAGAUCAACACGGCUGUGGUGGUCAAGAAACUCAGUGAGAUCCUGCAGGCCAGAGGAAAGAAAGGAACCGACAGAGCUGCUCAGAUUGAGCUUCUUCACGCUCUGGCUGGCAUCGCUGCUGAGAAUAACCUUGGUGAAGGCAUCCUCGUCAAGAUCAAGUUCAACAUCAUUGCUUCUCUAUAUGACUACAACCCCAACCUGGCUGCUUUCAUGAAGGCGGACAUGUGGAAGAAGUGUCUGGACUGCAUUGAUGAGCUUCUGGACAUCUUGUUUAACAACAACAACAUCUUCAUUGGAGAAAACAUUGCGGAGGACAGCGAGAACCUCGCCGUCUCUGACCAGCCGUUCCGUGUGCGUGGCUGUAUUCUGACUCUGGUGGAGAGGAUGGAUGAAGAGUUCACCAAAAUCAUGCAGAACACAGACCCUCACUCUCAGGAAUAUGUUGAUAACCUGAAGGACGAAGGCCGUGUGUGUGGCAUCAUCGACCGCCUGCUGCAGUAUCUGGAAACUAAAGGCAGCACUGAGGAAGUGUGUCGGGUUUAUCUGCGUAGAAUCAUGCACACAUAUUACAAGUUCGACUACAAAGCCCAUCGCCGCAGCCUCGGCCUACAGGGAGAGACUAAGUCUGAGCAGGAUCAGGAGGAGAGUGAGGGAGACGACAGCGCCAUCAUCAUGGACCGUUUGUGUAAGUUCAUCUAUGCCAAAGACCGCACAGACCGUAUCCGUACCUGCGCCAUCCUGUGCCACAUCUACCAUCAUGCCCUGCACAGCCGCUGGUACCAGGCCAGAGACCUCAUGCUCAUGAGCCACUUACAAGACAACAUCCAGCACGCCGACCCUCCUGUACAGAUCCUCUAUAACAGGACCAUGGUGCAGUUGGGCAUCUGUGCUUUCCGCCAGGGCAUGAUUAAAGAUGCCCACAAUGCCCUUCUGGACAUCCAGUCGAGCGGCAGAGCCAAGGAGUUGCUGGGGCAGGGGCUGCUGAUGAGAAACAUGCAGGAGAGGAACGCAGAGCAGGAGAAGAUCGAGAAGAGGCGGCAGGUGCCGUUUCACAUGCACAUCAAUCUAGAGCUGUUGGAGUGUGUGUACCUGGUCUCCGCCAUGCUCCUGGAGAUCCCAUACAUGGCGGCUCACGAGUUUGAUGCCCGCCGCAGGAUGAUCAGCAAACAGUUCCACCACCAGCUGAGAGUGGGCGAGAGACAGCCACUCCUGGGUCCCCCGGAGAGCAUGAGGGAGCAUGUAGUGGCUGCCAGUAAGGCCAUGAAGAUGGGUGACUGGAGGACCUGCCAUUCCUUUAUCAUCAACGAGAAGAUGAAUAGCAAAGUGUGGGAUCUGUUCCCAGAAGCCCAGCGUGUGCGUGAAAUGCUCGUCAGGAAGAUCCAAGAGGAGUCGCUGCGCACUUAUCUUUUCACGUACAGUAGUGUGUACGACUCAAUCAGUAUGGAGACUCUGUCAGAGAUGUUUGAGUUGGAGUUACCCACCGUGCACAGCAUUAUCAGCAAGAUGAUCAUCAAUGAAGAGCUCAUGGCGUCUCUAGACCAGCCGACUCAAACGGUGGUGAUGCACAGAACAGAGCCCACAUCUCUGCAGAACAUGGCUCUACAGCUGGCUGAGAAACUGGGCGGCUUGGUGGAGAACAACGAACGCGUCUUUGACCUCAAACAGGGCGUCUAUGGAGGAUACUUUAACAGAGAUCAAAAAGGUGGAUACCAACAGAAGCAAGGCUACCAGAGAGCUCCAGACCAGCGGGGAGGUUACCAGCAGAAGCAAGGUUACCAGCGAAAUGAUCAGAAAGGCGGUUAUCAGCAGAAACAGAACUACCAGCGUGGAGGAUACCGGAACCAGAACCAGAGCUCAUACUGAUCCCAGCGCAGCCUAAAACACGGCUUCAUUCCAGUACCAUCUGCAGCUCCCUCUGACUUUGCUCUCCAGACACUGACUCCAGAUCUGUUUUUUUUGCAGUGCUUUAGUUGCAGAUGAAACCAAGCUUAAUUUUAUUGACCCGCUAUUAUUCAAGUGCUUGGGUUUACAUUGUUGAGGAUUCUGAGCAGUUUUGGAGGUGAUUACGUGAGUUGGAAAGGAAAUAUCAAGUCAUUUGUGAUGACAACUGGUCAAUCAAUAAACAUUAUUAAAUCUAAA